UAUGAAUUUUUUGGCUAGAUUUUUAGAAACGCUGAGAGUUCUCUUCUCUUCCCCGUUGGAGUAGGAGGAAGAGAGGGAGUGACAAGAAGUAGCAAAUGUGUGUUUGGGGGAGGAGGAGGAAGAGAAGGGUCAGUAAUAAGGGUUCCACCAGGUUCCGCCCUCCUAGGACUCAAGGGCUUAAAAGCUAUGGGAUGACACAGUUAGGCAGAGGCGGCCCCAUGACCUGGCAGGAUUGUUAAUUGCCCUAAGGAUUCUACUGAAUUGGGCGCCAGAGUAAACUAAAAAAGUAAAGAAAGUUAAGGAGAAAGUCGGGAGAGGAGAUGGCUAUGGUUGUGCGUUUUGUGGAAGCUGGACUACUUCCCUGCCUGCUGUUGUUGCUGUCCACGGUAGCAAAGCUCUCGAUCCAAGUUGGACCUCCCUGGCCACCGACGCCCUGCCCACCUACCUGCGAGCCGACCCGCUGUCCCCCAUUGCCAGUCUGCCCCAUGGGGGCGUCGCCACAGCCUGACCAUUGUAACUGCUGCUUAGUGUGCGCUGCUAGGGAAGGGGAAACGUGUGGGGGACUUUGGAAACGACCCUGCGCCUUAGGGCUGCGGUGCCGCAUGACUCGUACCUCCAAGAGCCGGGGCCAACUCGGUACUUGCGUCUGCCGGGCUUCGGAGGUACCAGUCUGUGGCAACGACGGCCGUUCCUAUCAGAGUCUCUGCGCGCUCCGAGCAGAGAAUCGAGCCGCCAGUCUCCGAGGGGAUCUUCCAGCAGUGCCCGUGGAGAAGGGAAACUGUGGCAACUCAGGGACCAGAAGCCCAGGCAGCCUCAGGGACAAAUAUAACUUCAUCGUUGAGGUGGUGGAGAAGGUUGCGCCAUCUGUGGUACACUUGGAACUAUUCCGCAGGUCACCUUUAAGUAAUGAGUAUACUCAUGCAUCCAGUGGCUCAGGGUUCAUAGUGUCUGAAGAUGGGCUCAUUGUUACCAAUGCUCAUGUUCUCACAAACCGGCAGCGGAUCACUGUGGAACUCCAGAAUGGGGAAAAAUAUGAAGCAACUGUGAAAGACAUUGACCAAAAAGCUGACCUUGCUCUCAUCAAGAUUGAGCCAAAGACUGACCUUCCUGUUUUGUUCUUGGGACGAUCAUCCAACUUGCAUGCAGGGGAGUUUGUGGUAGCUCUAGGCAGCCCCUUUUCUCUUCAGAAUACAGUCACUGCAGGAAUUGUCAGCACCACUCAACGAGGAGGCAAAGAACUGGGCUUAAAGGACUCAGACAUGGACUACAUCCAGACUGAUGCUAUCAUCAAUCAUGGGAAUUCUGGGGGGCCUCUGCUGAACUUGGAUGGUGAAGUUAUUGGCAUAAACACCCUGAAGGUGACAGCAGGAAUUUCCUUUGCUAUUCCUUCAGAUCGAAUUCGACAAUUCUUGGCAGAAUUUUAUCAGCGCCAAUUAAAAGGAAAAGUGCUUUCCCAAAAGAAAUAUUUAGGUCUCCGGAUGUUGCCUCUUUCUAUGAGACUUCUCCAAGAAAUGAAGAAUCAAGAUCCAGAUUUUCCUGAUGUGAGUUCUGGGGUCUUUGUAUAUGAAGUGAUUCAAGGAACUCCUGCUGCAAGCUACACCACUCAUGAGAAGCUUGUUUUCUCCUAUCAACACAGUACCCAGGAUUCCAUGGACUUUUCCUCCUAUGCCCCUCCUUCCUUAAUGUGUUUGUUCUUGAACAAUAAUGGCUUUUCAUCAACGGCUUAAAUUGCACAUGCUAUGGAGAGAAAUUUGGAGGGUAUAAGCUAUAUAUAGAGUUGGAAAGAUACAAAUAUACCAUCUUAAUGUUCAAUUUGGCUUGGCAAAAGUAAAUUGGAUUUGAUAUUGUUUUUAUAAUUGUUUCCAGCUCUUCUUUUUGUGUAAUUUCCCACUUAAGACUCACGGGUUCUCUCAGUUAUAAAAAAGCAAGGUUCCUAGGUCUUUGUUUUGGUCCUAAUUUAAAACAAUUCUUCCUAGGAUAGUCUUUGGCCUUAGAUUCUGAACAAAGAAUUAUCCCAACUCUCUUACCUUGCUCAACAUAGAGCCCUACUGGUCAGUACUCCUAAAUUGACCCUGUUCUAAAAGUUCAAAUUUCAGAUUUUUUUAUUCUUAAACCUCUCAUCUCCUCUAACAUUUCUCCAUCAUUAACAUUUCUAAACUUCAUAUUUCUUUAAAAUUUUCCAAAUUAAUAAAAUAAAAUAACAUUUCCCAAAUUACUUUCUAACUCCAUUCCUCAUUGUGUCAUAACUAUUUCUGGGGCUCCUAAUCUCUUAUCAUGAGUCUAUUUCCCACUAAGGAAAUCAUCAACUGGCAUAUAUCUUCUGACACAGUCAAAUCUCAAAUAUACACAUUAGCAUAGUUACAACUCUAUUAACAUUUCUAUUGAUGUGUUUCACAUUUGAACCUCUUCCAUUUCAAGAACAAUAGAUUCUAUAUGUUGAUAAUUUAGUCCCCCAAAUGAAGCCAAUGAACUGGGCUUAUAAUUCAUAAUUUUGCUAAUUAAAGUUUCAUUUUAAAAGAGAGACUAGAGACAGACAUUUUUAGAUUUGUUUGAAGCACAGACUGUAGUUGUUUUAUGUUCCCUAGUUCUAGAAAUUUUUUGAAAAAAGAGCCAGAGAGCUUCCUAUUAGAGUCAAACAGAUGAUAUAUUUGGGGAAAAAUCCCCAAUUUCCUUGGGGUCAAAAAAUCAGUAAGGUUUUUAUGUGCUAAUGUUAGCUUGAUGGGGAAGCUCAGGAAUAUGAGAGAAGAUUCAGGGGAAGUUUGCCAUUUGUUUACUUACUAGUAAGAGUAAGAGGUCGGAAAGCUAGUGGAUGCCUACAACUAGUGAUUUAUUUUUCCCAAUACAAUCCAUCCCUCAAAAUGAAUAAAGCAGAACUAUCUCUAAGCUUUUUAGCAGAAUUUCCAUGUGAGAAAUAAGGUUAUGUUCUAGAUUUAGUAAAGCCAAAAAAGCCUUUUCUCUAGUUCUCUAUUUUCAUAUUUUCCCCAGCUCUGGAAUGCGAAACCAUGAUGUGAUUACCAGCAUAAAUGGACAACCUGUCACUUCCAUCACAGAUGUCAUUGAAGCUGUGAAAGAGAGU